AUGAAGAUCAUUGAGGCAGAGACCUAUAGACAUAAACCCGUAACGUCGACACUCGACGAGGGAAGGGCUGGAAAUGACAUGAACUGGAUCUUUGCGCUGCAUUACAGAUUAAUCCUGAACUUCUCUCACCGUAAUGAUUUCAAUAACAUCCAGCAGGCACCAUAA